CUUAUCUGCAUCCUCACUGGACUCUUCAGCUGCCUCUCAGUUCAAAAGAAAAAUCUCAGACUUUUCAACAAAUUGGAAACGUUUCAUCUGGUUUAGCUGCGGCUCCUCUUCUGAACAAACACUUCGGGAAAGUCGCAAUAAUACCAGGCAGUUCCACACACUGCUCAGUGAAAACUAUCUUGGAGAAGAUCACCUCUGUGCUCCGGUUUCCUCUAACGUUGUCCCACCGUGAGGUGAAGAGUCCCACUCAGCUGAAGACUGAGGGAAAUGAACAUUAUCAGGUUUUCUCCCAGGCUUUGUUGAUCAUUCGUGAGCCUCCAUGGCAGACUGGAACUUCUUGGGGAAGCUACUGGAGAGUGCCCAGUUUCACUCAACCGUGGUGGGCAAGGUCUGGCUCACGGUGCUGUUCAUCUUCCGCAUCCUGGUGCUCGGAGCCGCUGCUGAGAAAGUGUGGGGAGAUGAGCAAUCCGGCUUUACAUGUGACACCAAGCAGCCCGGUUGCCAAAACGUCUGCUACGACAAGACCUUCCCCAUAUCACACACCCGCUUCUGGGUGAUGCAGAUCAUCUUCGUCUCCACGCCUACUCUUAUUUAUCUGGGUCACAUCCUUCACCUGGUCCGCAAGGAGGAAAAGGAGAAGGAGAAACUCAAGGACCUCGCCAUAAAGAAUGAAAAACAACAAGACUUAAUUAGCAAUAAGCCCACAAAGGCCUCCAUUAAGGACGACCAAGGCCAUGUGCGUCUGCAUGGUGCUCUUCUGCGGACAUAUGUCUUCAACAUUAUCUUCAAGACUCUCUUUGAAGUGGCAUUCAUCGUAGCUCAGUACUUCCUGUAUGGAUUUGAGCUGAAGCCGAUGUACACCUGUGACCGCUGGCCCUGCCCUAAUGUGGUGAACUGCUACAUCUCUCGACCUACAGAGAAGACAGUCUUCAUCCUUUUCAUGCUGGCAGUAGCUUCGUUGUCCCUGCUGUUAAAUUUGGUGGAAAUGUACCAUUUAGGUUUCAAAAAAUGCCACCAGGGUCUUCGCGUCAGAAGGUCAAAGAUGGAAAGGGAAGCUCCCAAGGCCUUAGGUGAGGGGGUGAUACCUUUCGUUCCAAACUACACCUACUUUACAGGUCACUCUACAGUGACGGAGCCCUUUCCUGCAAACUCAAAGUACAGCAUAGCAGAGCCAAACUCUGCUUACAGCCCCUACAACAGCAAAGUAGUCUACAAGCAGAACAGGGACAACAUGGCUGUAGAGAGAAAAGGCCGAUCAGACGGAGAUGAUGCAGAGAAGACAAAAAUAUCCGGUCCUGUUACUGAUCCUCCUGUGGAAAACCAGCGUAGAAACAGUCAGUCCAGCAAGCACAGCAACAACAAGGGCAGGUUGGAUGACCUGAAGAUCUGAGAACUUCAUGUUUCCUCCCAAGCCUCAGGGACUACAGGAAAAAUCCAUCACAGGAUGUGAUGCAUCUUAGAAAUCUGUUAGCUCCAGAGAGGUUAGAUCAGGGGUGGGCACUCCUGG